GUUAUUUUGUACAUAUAACUCUAUCUCACCUAUAAUCGAUUCCUUGAACUCCCAUUGUUAUGCCACGCCCCCCAUCAUCGCGUCCAAUGGCUUCAGUCGUUGGAUUAGCGCGGCGCUGGUUGAAAAAGGCCCCUGUGCAGCCCCUGCACUUUCACGAUGCCAAUUUCGAGACGAUACCCGCCUCACGGAAACUUGAGGAGGAAAUACACGACGCCUCGACGGGCCGAUAUUAUCCCGUACGAAUCGGUGAAAUACUAAGCACGAAGUACCAAGUCGUUGGGAAAUUAGGAUAUGGCCUUGGUUCGACUGUCUGGCUGGCUAAUGACCUAUAUGGGCCUCGUGCGGUUGCGCUGAAGAUAUUCACAAACGAUGGGCAGAACCGUCAAGAGGUCGGCAUCUAUCAGCAUCUACAGAGCAUUAAAUCGAACCAUCCAGGACGCCGCCAUGUCCGCGAUGCGCUGGAUACUUUUACUCUACAUGACCCCCAAGGCGAGCACCAAUGCCUCGUACAUGAGCCCAUGUGGGAAAGCGCGCGAGACCUACUCCGGCGGAAUGCGAGUCACAGGUUUACAGAAGACUUACUAAAAGCAUUCGUUUAUCGCUUGCUUCAAGCCGUUGAUUAUCUCCAUUCGGAAGCGCAUUUAAUUCAUACAGAUAUCAGCGCUGGUAACGUUCUUCUGGAGAUUGAAGACCACUCGAUUAUUACCGCAUUCAUCAAAGCCGAACAAGACCACCCCUCGCCUCGUAAAGAAGUUAACGGGUAUACUAUCUAUGCUUCUCGGAGCUUCGAGUUGCCUAAAAGCAUCGGAGAGCCUGUUCUUAGCGAUUUUAGCUCAGCUGUAUCGGGGGACGUCGCGCAUAACGAAGAUGUACAACCGGACGUGUAUAGGUCUCCCGAGGUCUGUUUGCAGAUCCCAUGGAGCUACAGCAUUGAUAUUUGGAACAUCGGAGUUCUUAUUUGGGACCUGUUUGAGGGGAAACACAUGUUCUACGGAAGGGAUCCGAAAGAGAAACGGUAUAUGACUCGUGCGCACAUCGCCGAGAUGAUUGCUCUGAUGGGACCGCCGCCUUUAGAACUUUUGAAGCGUGGAAAGAGGACUGCCGAGUUCUUCACCGAGGAUGGUCAAUGGCGUGGUGAAAUACCCCUUCCAAGUGCUACUAGCCUCGAGGAGUCUGAGGAGAACCUCGACGGUAGUAACAAGGAGGCCUUCCUCCGGUUUAUGCGCAAAAUGUUGCAAUGGGAGCCCGGACGUCGACAGACGGCGAAACAGCUACUACAAGACCCCUGGUUGAAUGGAGCUGCUACGAUGUAGCCUCGGCACUCGAACUGAGCUUGCUUCGUGCCCUCGGAUCUUGACCUUGUGGUCUCGUAUGCUCAGUCAUGCGGACGUGCUCUUGUUAAGCCGAAGGGCGAGUCACUUCAUAUAUGGGCAUGUAUUGUUCGCAGCACCAAGACAAUGCAAUGUGCGCACUUCGAAGUACCAUGUGCUCGGUUACGGCGAUUUCACGUUUAUAGCGCGACGAAGAUGGAUGGUUAUCUAUAGCAGCACGCAUGGGAAUAAAGGCGGUAGGACAGAGGUGGUGGGGGCAUCAUGGUUCUCAAGUAUUUGUAGAGCCGUGCGAUUUAUCUCGGUGGCGACCUGCACGCAUGCACACCAUAACUCUGUG